UACACAAAUUUCCCAGCAUUCCUUUCGGCCUUCCUUUUUCCUCCAUUUUUUGUCUAAAGCAAGGUGAACUCACCUGGAGAAGACGGAAGAUGCCUGGAAGACUCUGGAGUAAGGCCAUCUUCACCGGCUACAAGCGCGGUCUGAGGAACCAGCGGGAACACACAGCUCUCCUGAAGUUGGAGGGGUGUUACACCAGGGAAGAGGUCGACUUCUACCUGGGAAAACGCUGCGCCUAUGUCUACAAGGCCAAGAAGAACACGGUGACGCCAGGCGGUAAACCCAACAAGACCAGAGUGAUCUGGGGUAAGGUGACCCGAGCUCACGGUAACAGCGGGAUGGUCCGAGCCAAGUUCAGCAGCAACCUGCCGGCUAAAGCUAUCGGACACCGGAUCAGAGUGAUGCUGUAUCCUUCCCGAGUGUGACGAGGAGUCAUGGUGUCUGCAGCUGCUGAUUGUGUUUAUACAAAAACAAUAAAGUGAUUGGUUCAAACCUGUU